AUGCAGCACCUGGAGAAGAGAGGGGUCUGUCUGGGGAGAGGACUGAGGGGAGAGCACCAAAAGGCCCUAGGAGGUGUGGCGCCCCCUAGUGGACAGAUGAGAGGAGGCCUGGUGGCAACAGUGGGACUGCCUGCAGUGACUUUGGAGAGCACCGGAGGAGAGCACCGGAGGAGAGCACCGGAGGAGAGCACCGGAGGAGAGCACCGGAGGAGAGCACCGGAGGAGAGCACCGGAGGAGAGCACCGGAGGAGAGCAUCAGAGGAGAGCACCGGAGGAGAGCAUCAGAGGAGAGCACCGGAGGAGAGCACCGGAGGAGAGCACCGGAGGAGAGCACCGGAGGAGAGCAUCAGAGGAGAGCACCGGAGGAGAGCACCAGAGGAGAGCACCAGAGGAGAGCACCAGAGGAGAGCACCGGUGCAGCUGAAGCACCUGAAGUUUGGAGAGACCGGAAAGUAA